CAGAAAAAGGAGAACAAACCAUAGGAAUGGACGAACUAAUGCGGCUGUCGGCACAGUCCGCGAAGAGCCGGUCCACCUUCACCAGGAACUUUACCAAUCCUAGGUUGAACGGAGAUGCAUUCAGCAACGAGGAUACACCGAGUUCCGCAGAGUGCAAGAAUCGGUCGCUCAUCGAGUUUGGCUACAAUUUCGAGGAUGUGCAGGGCUGGUCGAAGAUGAAACAGUGGCCCAAGGAUAAAUUGGCCACCAUUCUGCAGUACACGGUGGAGUUGCACCUGAAGACAACCAUCGUUAUUAAAAUCAGGAACUCGUACUUCAACUGUCACUUGCCGGUGCUGCAGGUGUACUCGCAGUUCUUCAUGGAGCUGGAAGAGAUACCGAUGAUGGUGACGCUGCCUGAGGAUCUGGUAACGCCGAAGGCUUUUAUGAUGAUUUACAAGUGGAUGCUCACCGCUGAGCCCUAUUUGGAUCGCACGCACAUUGUCGAAUUGUUCAUCGCGGCGUCUUACCUGCGGAUCAAACAUCUUGUAGCCCAUUGCUGGAUUUGUUUUGACGAUGUUCAAUGUUUCAAUGAGGUCACGGCGUGCAUUCUGUAUGUAGAGACGCAGUACCACCCGUCCCUGGAUAUUGUCCGCAAUGUGAUGCUCACGCGUAUACAAAAGUUUGUCCUUAUCUUUGCGGCCACAAGGGAUUUUUUGGAACUACCACACAAUCACUUGAUUUACUUGCUCAGCUCGAGCAGCAUCGCUUUGAAUACGGAAUGUGAGGUGCUCUAUAUGGUGGUGCGUUGGAUGAGUCACGACUGGAGCACUCGGCGUGCGUACGCCCUGAAGAUUGUGGAAUGCAUUCGAUUCAAUUGUAUGCCACUCUGGUAUAUGCUUUUCGUGCGCCGCGAAGAAACCCAUGAGCUGCUGUUGCAGUUUUUGAACCUCAACGAAGUCAACGGGAAGAUGACUGAGGCCAUCACCAACAUCACAUCCUCCAUGUACGACGACCAGAUCUUUGGGACCAAUUCGACUCAUAAGGACACUCCGCAUGAGCGCAAUUGGAUUCACGACCAAUCCUGUGAUUAUCAUCAUCUGAUUGGAUGUCCCAAUAGCCGUGAGAUCCGAUACGAGCACUUUCAGGCCUACAUGUGGAAGCUGCAGCAAAAGCCGGUUGAUCAUUGGACCACUUUUAAGUCUGUUGAAUUUAAUACUGUCGGACCUUGUCACUGCAUGAGGUAGAUUUUUUAGUGUUUCUAAAUGGUUUGAAA